AUGCAAACGGUAGACAUACCUUCCAAUGAAGGAUUGAUAGUUGAUGAUGAACCACACAACAUGUCAAUUGUCCUAUACUCCAAACCAUCUACCAUGACAUUUAGCAUUGAUCUCGAUGAUUACUCUCCUUCACCUCAAAAAUUGUCUCAAGAACAUGAUGAUACUCAAGAAGCUAAGUUCUCUUAUUUUCCACCUGAUCCUCCUCAAGACGAUGGUACUCCAGUAGAUACAAAUAAAGCAAAUACAUCUGAGCCUGAGGUUGAACGUUUUAGACUAACUGCCCAGAUGGUAGCUGAUGACUCACCAAAUAAGUUUGAGAAAAGGAGAAAAGAGAAACUAGAGUCACUCGACAAAAUUGCUAAUGAUGCACGAUUAAAAGCUCAACAGAAUAGAGCAAAGAUCGCAACGAAAGAAAAGGAACUCCUUCAACAACAAGAGAUGAAGGAUCCAUCUCUAAAAGUUCCAAGAAGGAAAGAUAUUUAG